AUGGCGGAAAUUUCGAAAACUAUAUCCAACUUGCCUUCAGUUAUGAUAUAUGAGAUGUUGUGGUCACGAAUGGUAUUUUUACGGAAAUGGCUGAAUUCAAAGUUAAUUCAUGGAAAUCUUGAUGAAAAGCAGUUUUGUCUAAGGAAGUUCUUACAUUUGUACAAAACAUUGCUUGAUAAUGUUACAAAAGUAUAUAAUAUACUAGCUAUACAGGCACUCCUGGAGCUGGUUUACUAUUUUGUGACAUUGUUAGCUGAUGUACAUUCGGCCAUAAUGUUAGUGAUUUCGAAAGGCAUAUGGGAUAUACCCUUGUCAAUUCUCAUUAUCUCAUUGAUUAACUUUCUACUCUUGUUAAUUGGCCCAGUGUUUCUUGAGCUGACGCUGAAUGAGUACGAGAAGCUGAUGUCUUUGAUUUCCACAGAGCUGAUCCACUGCAAAGAUGAGGCCUAUCGGGAGCAGAUUCUCACCACAUUGGAGUAUUUAGAAGUCCGACCACCUCGCUACACGAUAUGGAGAAUUAUUUCUAUGGAUUUGAAACAAGUGGUAUCUGUAUUCGAUCUCCUAGUAACUUACAUUAUUAUACUGCUUUCGUUCCAACUUUAA